AUGGAAAAAAAGACGAUCUAAAUUUUGCUCAGACCCUGCUUUUCACGAUUCUUGAAAGUUCACAUUUUUGCUCAUAUAAUUUAGAAGUUUUAAUAUCAUCGAUCAUAUUUAAAUAUUAAAUUUAAUUCAAAUAUUGGAAAAACAAAGGAUAAGUAUAAUAUUUUCAAUCAUUCAAAGUAAAAUCAAUUGAAGAUCACAAAAUAUAGUUAAAACUUACAAGAGUUUAGAGAAACUUUUACUCUCAUACCUAUNUUCUGCAUUAUUGAUUGCAAUGGGAGCAAGUUCCAUUAUCCAAGUAAUUUCCGAUUUCACAUGUAUUACAUAAAGUAUUAGAAGUACAAGUAGCACACUAACUUGGACAAGGGGAGCAAUUAAUACCAGAUAGGUAAUACUUUGGAAAGCAAAUUGAGCAUUAUUUUUAUACGAAUGGAGCAGGACAGGAGCAUGGAACCAGGCUACAAGUUUAGCAUCCAGUUUGACAAGAAUCACAUUCACGAACAUCAGAAAGUAAAUAAAAACCUGAUUUACACGUGUCACAUUUGUUAGUUUAAGUACAAGUCAAACAAUUAGAUGAACAAUCAACGCAUAAUCCAUUAUCAAAAUAUUACCCUUGAUUACAACACCAAGUUACUAAAAUAGUUUUAAGCGAAUUUACAAAAACAGUUCAUUAAAAUCAAGUUGAUUCUAAACAAGUUGUACGACAUCCAAGAAAAUAAAUAUAAGAAUAAAUGA